UCGUGGCCUUACCGUGUACACAAUAAAUGUAUAUGAUAGAAUGUGAGAGGGUACCGCAUACGGUGUAUGGAUGACGCAUACGCCAUAUACAGCUCACACGUUAUAGCAGCACUGGGUUCGGUGUGGGUCAUUUCCCCGAGUAGUGGACGGGGUAUAUAUAUAUACACACACAUACAUACAUGUACCAGGUCUAUACAUGGCGGCUCCAUACUACACAUGUGUCCAGUGACCCUCCCCCUCAUGGCUCCCUCCCCCGCCCGCCCGCAGUGUACACGGUUCCGGGCUCUGGAGCCUCCCUGUGAUGUGAUGUGAGGAGGAGGAGCAGGGGCUGCUGAGAAAAACAACAGCACAGAGAGAAAGAGACACAGUACCGAGAGACAGUGCAGACACUGACGGGACAAGAUGCUGCCUCAGCUCCUCAUUCUGCUCCUGGGCUGCCAGCUGAUCUGCGGGACUCCAGCUCCUACGAGAGAUCAGAAUAAACCGGAACAAACUGCAACGCUGCAGCCUUCACAGAUGCCAGAGGAAUCAACAAUUCUUGAGCAAGACAGUUUCCAGGUACCAGAGAGAGUCAAUGUUGCACAGCCUGUGAUCAGCAUCAGUGAGAGAGUCCAAGUCAAACCACGUGACAAGAAGGAUCUGGGCACAUUAGGUUAUGUCCUGGGAAUUCUUAUGGUUGUGAUCAUUAUAGCCAUUGGCAGCGGCAUUGUUGUUGGAUACAUAUACAAAAGGGGAAGAGAUAUAAAGCAAAAGCAUGACCAGGAAAUUGAGGACAGGAGGCUUCAGAGGAUAAAUCUUCCAUUAGCUGCCUUCUCAAACCCUACAUGUGACCUAGUUGAUGAGAACUCAAUUGAGGUGACAGUCAGUCACACACCAAAUACUGUUCAGGAAGGUACUGUGCCCCUCAUGGACAGUGCGGGGACCCCAGGGGCAUGAGAAGGUGUUUUAGUUCCUUGUGAUAUUACAUGUUGACUGAAAAGUCUAUCCAGUUCAGAGGACGGCAGUGUCACACUUGUCAUGGUGCUAUGGCUCUGGCCCAGUGGACCGUGGCAGGAGAAUUGCAUUCAUAAACUGCUAUUUCCUCUUAGGAGGUAAUAAGGACAUGGCGUCUUACAUAUCUGUUGAACAUCUGCCGAUGGCCAUGAUAUGGUUAAUCCUUAAUUUCUGAACAUGACUGGCCAUGUUAACUUUUUUUGCCAUGAGUUUGUGGGGGUUGUUCGUACAAUUCUACUGUAUAGACUUGGCUGCCUGUGGCAGCUUUCUUUCAUUUAUGCAUUUAAGUCUCAUAGACUCCAAAGAAAAGGGAAUCCAGGGAGAAUAAGCUAUUCUAUUCUAUGAAAGCUGAUGACAAAUCUGCACCAGACCAUUUACAUUGACGGCAAGCUCUGGCGGGUAACUCUUUCAGCACCAGUUUCUUCCAGUAGAGUUACCAUUCAAUGCUUGCUUAUUGUUUGACAUGUGGAUACUUUCUAUAUUAAUGUGCUGCUGAAGUAUGUCAAGGACAGAAACGGAUGUACAAACUCUUAAGAAAUUUGUUUAUUAACUUUUUUUUUGUACAUAAGUGUUUUGUUUCUUUAAAUAAAAAUAAAAUCAGGCAGUGCCUGGCCAUCA